UCAAAAUACAAACGUUUUAGCCAGCGAUUGUCAACAGGAUAGCGUGAACGUUUUAUUUUUAAUAUUCACUCUCUUUGAGUAUUUUCAAAAUGUCAGACGGUGAAGAUGAUUUUAUGUGUGAGGAGGAGGAAGAUUAUGGUCUUGAAUAUUCAGAGGACUCAAAUUCUGAGCCUGACGUUGAUCUAGAAAAUCAAUAUUAUAAUAGCAAAGCAUUAAAAGAAGAUGAUCCAAAAGCAGCUUUACAGAGUUUUCAGAAAGUUUUGGAUUUAGAGGGAGGUGAAAAGGGUGAAUGGGGCUUCAAAGCUUUGAAGCAGAUGAUAAAGAUUAAUUUUAAAUUGGCAAAUUAUAAGGAAAUGAUGGUCAGGUAUAAGCAAUUAUUAACUUAUAUUAAAAGUGCUGUUACCAGAAACCAUUCGGAAAAGUCUAUAAACUCCAUAUUAGAUUACAUUAGUACAUCAAAGAAUGUUUCUUCCUUACUGAAUAUUUUGCAGAUGGAAUUGUUACAAGAUUUUUAUGAAACUACUUUAGAUGCAUUGAAAGAUGCUAAAAAUGAUAGGUUAUGGUUUAAAACUAACACAAAGUUGGGAAAGUUGUACUUUGAUCGAUCAGACUUUAAUAAAUUAGCAAAAAUAUUAAAACAACUUCACCAAAGUUGCCAGACUGAUGAUGGGGAGGAUGAUUUGAAAAAAGGAACACAACUUUUAGAGAUAUAUGCAUUAGAAAUACAAAUGUACACUGCCCAAAAGAACAAUAAGAAAUUGAAAACUCUGUAUGAACAGAGCUUACACAUUAAAAGUGCUAUACCACAUCCACUAAUAAUGGGAGUGAUUAGAGAAUGUGGAGGAAAGAUGCACUUAAGAGAGGGUGAAUUUGAAAAAGCACACACUGAUUUCUUUGAGGCUUUUAAAAAUUAUGAUGAGUCUGGAUCACCAAGGAGAACCACAUGUUUGAAAUAUUUAGUUUUAGCAAAUAUGUUGAUGAAAUCUGGUAUCAAUCCAUUUGAUUCUCAAGAAGCAAAACCAUAUAAAAAUGACCCGGAAAUUUUAGCAAUGACCAAUCUAGUGGUCAGUUAUCAGAAUAAUGAUAUUAAUCAAUUUGAAUUAAUUUUAAAACAAAAUAGGAAUAAUAUAAUGGAUGAUCCUUUUAUAAGAGAGCAUAUUGAAGAUUUAUUACGCAAUAUACGUACUCAGGUCUUGAUUAAACUAAUAAAACCCUACACUAGAAUUUAUAUUCCAUUCAUAAGCAAAGAAUUAAAUAUCGAUGUAUCGGAGGUCGAAAGUCUAUUAGUGUCUUGCAUCUUGGAUAAUACGAUUCGUGGUCGCAUAGAUCAGGUGAACCAAGUUCUAGAAUUGGAUAAAAAAUCGGUAUGUGCAGCGCGUUACUAUGCUCUCGACAAAUGGACAAGUCAAUUGCAUUCAUUGCAUUUAGCAAUAGUUAAUAAAAUGUCGUAAGGAGUAUGGUAUGCGUGACUGCAAAAUAAAAACAAUUUCUAAACAUCAUAUUGUAUAGUAUAUCAUAAAUGCCUGUCUUCUACUAUCUGAAAAAAAAAAAUAAAAUAAAA